UGUUCGGCACCAGUGCGCCUCGAGACGCUCUCCGAAGUCGCUUGCCUGCGAAGGGAUGCGCCGGGCCGGGCCGAGCUUUCUGGAGGCAUCUUGGCCUGGGCCUUGCUGGCGUGCCGCCUCUGCGGGCCCUGGCCGCGUGCCCCCCCCUCGCGACAGCAUGCGGGCUCCGCCCCCGAUCGCAUGGCGGACGGCGUCUCGGGCAGAGGCCCGGCCGAGGUGUGCGUGGAGGGCGCGCGCGGCAGGCUGGCCGCCGGGGACGUCGAGGGGGCGCUGGAGCUCCUGCAGAGGGCCAAGCGCCUGCGCCCGACGGACGCGGCGAUCGACGCCCUCAUAGCGGAGGCCUCGCCGGGCGGCUCCGCCGGGCCUGCCGCCGCAGGAGGCGCCCCCGCUGGCCAGGCCCCGCCCGAGGGGGCGCGGCCACGAGCCUCGGCCGCGGCAGGCGGCGCCCAGCCCUGCGUCGGCCCCGGCACGGCGCGCUCUGGAGAGGACAGGACCUACACUGCCGAUGACGUGAGCCUCGUGCAGCGGAUACUGCGGACCAGGGAUCAUUAUGGCGUCCUCGAAAUAGAGAGGGGUGCCUGCGAGGAAACCGUCAAGAGGGCCUACAAGAAACUGGCACUCAAGCUGCACCCGGAUAAGAACACGGCGCCUGGGGCAGAGGAGGCAUUCAAGAAGUUGUCCAAGGCGAUGAACUGCCUGCUAGACGAAGGGAAACGAGAGAGGUACGACAGGUGCGGGGACGAGGACAAGCUUGCCCCGCAGCGCCACGAGGACCUCUUCGAGGCCACUUUCAGGGCCUCUCGUCAGAGGGCGCAGCGCCAGCGGCAGGCCCACGUGCAAAACGUGCACGCCUUGGAACAUGCUUGGCUUGCAUUCGUGAUCGCUCUCGUGAUUGGGCUGCUCGCCUGGAACAUCUUGUUCCGCGACUCGGGGCAGGGAGACCACUUCUCGCUGUCGCGCACUGGCCGCCACCGUGUACAGCGCUCCACCGCGGGCCUGCACGUUGCAUUCUUUGUCGCGGAGGACUUCGAGGACAGGUACCCCGCGGGCACGGGCGCGCUGGCGGAACUCGAGUGGUCGGUGGACGUCGGCCACCUGAGGAGCCUGCAGAGCGACUGCAGGUACUCCAGCCAGGUGAUGCAGGCGAAGGUCCGGGAGGCGGAGCGGGCCGGCAGCCGGCAGGACGUGGAAGCCGCCCGCCAGCACCCGCGGCCAGCCUGCAGAGAGGUGGACAGGAUCCGGAGGGCGCACCCCGGGUCCGGGGGGGGGUACCGCGCGGCGGCCGCCGACGGCGACCUGUGAGCGAGAGGGCCUCGCGGCAGCCGCGGGCGCGCGCGCGCGCAGCCCGCCGGCCGGCGCAGGGAGGGCCCCCGCGCUCGGAGCAGGGGCGCGGAGGGGGGCCUCUCGCUCGAGGGGGG